AUGCUCGACAUCUCUGAUGAACAGAGCGCGCUGCAAAUAAAGUUUCUAAAGGCGCUUGACCUGUUCUGCAUUUUUAAGUUUAUCAUCACCAAUGACGUAAAGAUACACGAGAGGCAGACGUACGACCUGCUGAUAAGCAUCCUUAACUCGUACUCUCUCAUCAAUAUCAAGAAUCCCUCUGGGGAAAUAUUUUCAGAAACGGAAAAGAUAUACAAGAAAUACUUUUGGAGCAAUGGGGAGGAAGAGAAGAGCACAUCUGCCUCUGUCCGUUGUGAAGGGAAAGUCGUGCCAGACUCAGAGCAGGCACAGCGAAAUGGCCCCACUGUCCUGAAGAGCAAAACAUACAAUGGGUUGAGCAACGUACAAAAGGGGAUGAACAAGUCAAGGGAAAUCUUCACAAACGACUCGCUCUUCUCGAAACACCUAAAUAACAAACAAAUAUUUCAAUUUUUUAAAUUUCCCAAGAGCAAAAAAGUGGGAGACUACGUGAACAAGUGUUGUGUAGACGAACUCAUAAACGAGCCAUUAAAUAUAAAUGUAGGAUUCGUAAAAUUUGACAAGAAAAAAAGACGGAAAAAGAAGAGGAAGAGACCCGAAAAAGGUACAGUUAGUAUCCCUACGAACUUGUGUAAAUAUAACAGCGACUCAGGGAUACAUAAUUCUCGUCUCAAGAAUUCUUGCAGUUGUUUUUACCAAUCAAAGGAAAACUCUAAAAUUUUUAAAAAUAAUUUUAAAAAAAUGGCCAAUGAAGCCGAUCUAUCCGUUUCUGAUUCUUCUGAAUUAUUUUCCAGCUUGAGAACAAAAUUUGUUAAAGAUUCUGCCAGUAGAUACUUCGCCUUGGACAACCCCAACGGAAGCAACUCUGAGGAUGAAUCUGAUUAUAACUAUUACAGUGAGAAUACCAAUAGGGACGACCCGGGGAAUGCGACCCACAAUAACAGAAACGUGAAACUGCGGAAUCAGUUCCUCUCGGUUAAACUCUCCAUGUAUAACUCGCGUCUGUGUAAUAGCGGCGGGAAGGCGCACCCCGCGGGUGCAGAGGACCUCGGCGUCUCAAACACGAACAAGACCGUUAAGAUGAUGAGCCCCGCAAACCACCCUAAGUAUGAUAGCCACGCUAACAGCUCAAACCAUGCUAUAGCGGCAAACCAUGCCAUCGCCACAAACCACUUUUACGACGAAACCUCCAUGUGUUUCAACCACUUCUACGAAAUACACAACAUUCUCAAUCGAGACCCCAAUGGUUUACGCAAAAUAAAAAUUAUGAUAAAGAAGGACAUCGGAACUAUUAGCAUAUCCCCAUUCUACGUAAACUUCGACUGGACGAGGAUAUUCAAAAGGGUCUGCACAGCUUUUAACAUAACCAAUUUUAAUUACAAGAAUCAAGGAAUCUAUCAAAUUAUAAAUUCCUGUUUCAGUACGCCAGAAUCCAGGGAAAUUUUAAAACACAUUUUUCUCGACGACCUUUAUGAGCAACAGGAAAUAUUUGAUAGCGAAAUGAAUGGCAAAAAAAAUGCUAAGAAAAAAAAUUUCCUGAAGAUGAAAAAUAAAGAGCAUGUUUUAGAAAUACUGGAUGAUGAGAAAAGAAUUAAUGUCCUUUAUUUUAUUAAUCGGUUUUUGUAUUCACAGAAGACACCCCUCUCCAAUUUAUUUACAAGUUAUUGCUUGCAGAAGGGCACCAAUUCCGAGGAAAACGCGACAUGGAAAAGGUUAAAGCUGUCGAAAGAAUCAGCACAGCCACUCCUAUCGCAACAACAGGAACAACAGGAACAACAGACAAAAUCACCCCCACCGGUGCAGGUCUGUCAUUCCUGCACACCCGACGACGACCCACCGUUUGACGAACUCACAAUCGAUUACCUACUCUUUCUAAUGCUCUUCGAAAAAAAAAUUGACGAGAAAUUUCACAAAUACCUGCUUGGCAAAAUUGAAUCGUGUAAAGACUACUUGGCAGACGAGGGGCAAGAGAAAAACGCCUCCACCGAAUCAUCUUUGGAUUCACAACAAAACUGGAAUACCUCUCAUCAUCAAGUCCGAAAGAUUGAUUGUAGUUCUUUCCACGUGCAUAGGGAAGUAGAAAAGCAGGUGAAGGAUACUGAUCCAUCCGAUGCUACGCAAAGUCACCUUGAUGAGUUUAAACAAAGCGAAAUUUCUUUCGGAAAAUUUGGAGUAAGCCCUAUUGAUCAUGAUGGUAACCUUAGGGGAGGCGACAAAAUGGAAGUCUCUUUACCAUCAGGGGGAAGGUACCCUUCAUCUACCGUCAAUGGGGAAUUAACUUCCAUGGGUUCAUUUGCGUCCCUUGCGUCUCUCACAUCAUUCACCUCCUUCGGGACACAGAUGACCAUAACGACGCAUGAUAGUAUUUCCACACAGAGUGCCAUCCCAACGAACGCUACCAUCUGUCGGAAGGUUACCCUCGCGUCGGAUAAUACCAACAGCACAUGCAACACGAGCAGCACAACGCCAGGUGGGAUAUCCCUCAUCAAUUUACAAAGCACAAACGAGGUCUGUGACGAAACCGUAACGAAUCCCCCCGCAAAGGUGGCAUAUAUACAAUCGGAGUCGGAUGAAUGCCAAAACAAAAUACAACUUGUAAAAAAAACGAACAAACAGAACGAAGAAAGAACGAAUGAACAACCGAAUGAACGAACGAAUGAACAAUCGAAUGAACAACCAAAUGAACAAUCAAAUGAACAACCAAAUGAACAAACGAAUGAACAAACGAAUGAACAAAUGAAUGAGUCUAUGAAAGGCACCACGGAGGAUGGUCACAAAGAAAUGCAAAAGGGGCUCGAAAACGAUGAACAUAAUUAUUACCAAUUAAAAAAAACAGAACUUGCAUCUGAUAUAGAAUCCAAUAAUAAGAGCCGAGCAAAAUACGCAUCGGAAAUUCAAAACGAAAUAACCCUGCUCAAGUGCAUAAGACCCUUUCCAACAGUCUACUGGCUAAUAAACAAAAAUAUGUGUGGUUAUAUUUCCCAUUUAGAAAAAAUGAAUAUAAUAAAAAAUAUAGAGUUCUUCGUAAAUUGCAAGAAGGAAGAAUUCCGCCUGCUCAGAUACUAUCUCAUCUAUGACCAUCUCAAAUACAUAAUAAUUCGGUUGAGACAUGUUCACAAGAGAAUCUUGCGCUUCUUUUACAACCUAUUUUUAAAUAGUUUUAAUUUUAAAAAACAAUUCACACAGCAUGAGAACAACCAUUGUUGUAUAUCUUCCAUUUACACAAAUUCAUUUGAUUUCUCUCCUCAUGUUUUAAGUAAAUUCAUACAUACCUAUCAGAUUGACUCGCAAGUUAUUAACGAAAUUUUUCGGAAGAUUAACACUUUAAGGGUUAAAGGAAUUGGAGGCAUUUCCAACUUCUUAACUGUUAAGUGUAUACACCUUUAUUUUGCUUCUCAUUUGUCUUAUCCAAACACCAUUGGCUAUAUUUUGGAGGAAAUUUUCAAGUCCUAA